GCAGCUCCGACUUGCCAGCAUGGGUAGUAGUGAGCUUGGGGGCGUGGGAGGGGCGGGGAGCGCGAGGCGAAGGAGGAGGGAGCCCCGUGCGGGUGCGUGCCGCGCCCGCUCCUGCCGGGUGAGAGUCCGGGCCGGGUUUUGCGCCGUGUCGCGGGGCUCGUCUCACGGCCUCCAGCCGCCGCCGCUGCCGUGUUUACUGAGCUCGCGCGUCCUGAUAUCACUCCGCUGGCAUGGAGGAGGAGGAGGAGGUGGAGGAGCGAGAGGAGGAGGAGGAGGCGGCGGCGGCGAGCAGUUGAUCAUUGUGAUGGUGGCAGGAGCAGCGGCGGCAGCGGCAGCCCAGCCGAGGGUUAGGGGCUGCUCUCCGCGCGGCGUUUUGCAAAGGACUUCACCGAUCUACUUUUGCAGUCGCCUCGGACUGUCCAUGUGUUUACUUUCCCCAGCCCGAGGAUUCGAUAUCUAGGUUCCUGUGAAAUGCAACUGAGCAGCCAAAGU